UGGAGCUGGAAGCUAGCGUCCGCAGGAUUGUCUUCUGUUAACCGACAGUAGUUUUUAGUUUAAUGGUUGAACCAACAUGACGAGCGCGGACAUUGUUCAUGAGAAGAUCCACUACAGACACGACCCGAAGUGGAGCGGCCGCCUGGGGCCUGCGGAGGGCGGCGGGCUGCUGCUCUGUGUGGCCUGUGUCAUUGAGAUGAUCGAGAGCGACGAUAUCGCGUCGGUGAGGAAGUCGUUUGCCCUGUCUGGUAUCAGCGGGGUGCUGAAGUGUUCUCCGGGGGCCUUGAGAGAGCUCCUCCGGCAGGACCACAGAGUCUCUCUGCGAUUCACAGCUUCUCUGCUGGGGAUGCUUCACACUGUGAAGGACCAAGACACUCUGGAAAAGGUUGACCAAGUGCUGGUUCAGCUGCUCCUCGAGCUCCAGAAUGAGCUGUCACUUCGCUUUGUUUUGGAUGAGAUACACAAACAGCUCAGUGACCAGCCCAGUGGGAAGGGUUUCCUGCCCACCUUCCGCUUCUUGGGGAGCCUAGUGGAAGCAGUCCCCGAUGUGGCCCAUAGUCUGGUGACUCAAUACGUGCCCACGCUGGAGCACCUGUGCUCGGCCUUGCUUUACCCAGAUGAGGCGCUGAAGGCUUCGGUCCUGUAUGUGUGGCUCAAACUGUUCGGGACAGCUGGGGGCUCGGCAGCCCAGUCUUUGCCCACUGCCAUCAGGGACAGAGUGUGCAUCCUGCUGCUACAGACGUUGGCCAAUGCCAGCUCCACCCAACUCAUCAACAACUGUGUUGGCCUGCUGUGGCUGCUGGUGCAGCAGGGAGAGGCAGUGUCAGUUCUGAUGAACAGCCCCAGCAAUCAGAUCGUGUGCAGUGAGAACCAGAACAGCCUCCCCAACAACAGCCAGAGCCUCAGCCAAAACCAAGAGCAACAGUCCACUGACCAUUGCCCUCUGCCUCUCAUCCUGAAAAAGCUGCUGCUGAGUGGCGAUGAGACGUUGCAGACGAUCAGCACGAAGUGUAUUGCAGCUGUCCUGGUUCAUUGUCCCAGUCUGUGCAGCGGCCCCUUCAUCAAAGCUGACGUACCUGAGUUUCUCUUUGACCGUCUGGCCAGUAGUAGUAGUGAGGUGCUGCUGUGGUCUGUCUACAGCUGUUUGGUGUUGCUUACUGAGGACCCGCUCUUCUUUUCCCAGUGUCACUCUGUCUAUGGUAUUGAAUCCCUGGUGCGCAGCCUGAAGGAGGCUUUGCGGCUGACCAACCUGGAAGUGCCGAAACAAGGUCUGCUGCUUCUCACUGAGAUACUGGAAAGGCAGCCCCCAGGUGUUCGUCUGUUCCCCAGUGCCCCGGGGUUUGUGGCAGUUUCAGAGGCCGUGGUAGCUGGAGUCUCCUCCUCCUGCCUGCUGGUUGCCACACAGGCUGCCAACGCUGCCUCUGCCCUGUUCAGCCUGAACCACCAGUCCAGACCAGUCCAGUACAGGGAGAUAGAGGGAUUGAUAGAAGCCAUCACUAACAGAUUCUCUGAGCUGCCACUACCCUCUUCUGCUCAUCAUCAUCGAAGCUCUGGCAGUCUGAAGAGGUCAGACCACAGUAGUCAGGCUUCUAGGUCUGAAGGAUUUCUGCUCCAGGCGCUGGUCUGUUUUCAGGCUGCCUGCAGGUUGGCUGAGGAGUGUGCAUCAGAGCCUCUUCUGAAGGAGAACACGUUCACAGCUCCAUCUAAACAUGGCCAUGCUCAGGACUCACUGGAGUCUCUGUGUCAGUGUCUGCUGCGCUGCUGUGACUCCGUCUGGAUACCCACUGUCAUUAAGAUGUGUGAGCGUGCACCCAACGCUCAGAUACUGCAGCACUUCUACUCCAUCCUGUCCUCCCAGUUCACCCUCGUUCCGUCCCUCAUGCCUGUCUUUGCAAAUAAGCUAGCGUCCUCUGGUUUCUACCGGCUGGCUCUGGAACACAAAGGGCUCCUCUGUGCAGGAAACAGGAACCCAAAUCUGAAUGCAUCUGCCUGUGGUUUUCUACAGAAACUCAGUAUGUGUCUGCUUUCCCAGUCAGACCCUGCUUAUGGGGCCUUCCAGCACGACUGGCCCUCUCUACUGUGUGAGGCCCCGGGACUCCAACUGUGUGAAAAUAAAGGACCAAGGGCCACACAGUACUGUCUUCUGAUAAUACUACAUAUUGUCCUGCAGCAAGGAGACAGGCUCCUCCCAGACCAGACAGUGUUCUCCAGUGUGGUGUGGCUGUUGCGCUCGGUGCAGGAGCAGGGCGGCUGUGCCCUGCCUCUCUCUGUGCUCCGCUCUGCCCUCUACCUGCUGGCAAUGACACAAGACAAGAGCCCCAACCUCGACGGGGCUCAUUUUAACUGCAUCAGCAAGGCACUCUCCUCCUGCCAAAGCUUCUCUUCCCUCUACAUUCACCACCCUGCACUCCUCCACUUCAUCUGUCGCUAUCCGGAGCUAGCAGAGAAAUUUGGGCCCCUGGUCUUGGAACUUUGGUUGACCAAACAAGCACAGCACGCAGAUGCAGAGCAGACCAUGGCAGACAUACAAGAGAAGGGAGAAAGCUGUGCACAUGAGAGGCAGGAUCAGGAGCCGGACACAGAAACUAUGGAGCUACUGACUCUGAUAGAGAAGUACCCAGCUGUCAUACUGACCCUCCUGGACAUGGUCUGCACCAGGGAGGCCCCCCUGGCAGGGCGGGCACUCAGGGUGCUGGAAGUUCUCUUGCGUGGUCAGAAAGACUAUGAGGCAGAUUUGUGUGCCAAUCUUAGGCCAGCUCUGCUCCAGGCUUUACAGAGGCUCAGUAUGGAGAACUUGGGCCCCGGGUUUGGACAGGGACACAUUGCACAGGCGGUGAACUCACUCCCUCUGCUGCUGAAGCUGCUCUGUGAGACGCAGGCCAGCGACCCGCCUACAUCUUCCUCCUACAGUAAGAUGGACGGAGUGCACUUUAAGCUGCUCUACCAUGUGAGUAAUAUAGCAGGAAGGUUGAAGCCUACCAACACAGAGAGCCUGCUACCUGCCCUCAGCUACCUGCACUGCUGCCUAAGUCUGUCCCCUGCACACUGCACUGACAGAGCUGUCUCCAUGCUGCUCUCCAACAGUGGACUGAUGGACCAGCUGCAGACAGUCCUUUCCUCCUCCUCCUCCUCCUCCUCCUCCUCCUUCUCCUCUGCUCCAGCCUGUCCUCCUUCAGCACUGCUGUGCUGCAGCCAUCUACUCCUGUCCUCCCUCAUUACCUUGCAGCGCAUUCACUCCGCUCAGGUCCACAAGAGCAUCAGUUGGAGUCUGGACACAGUGGUGCAGCGACUCCUUGUUCAGAAAAGAAACACAGACAGUCUCUUGCUAGUCAGCUACUUGAGGUUGCUGCAGGCUCUACUUGAUGUUGACCUGGCAUCAGCAGUGGUGUGUGUGAGCACUGGUCCUGGCUUGGUCGGGCCCAGACCCCUGGGGGUUGAAGACGGCGCUUUGUACCCGCUCGGCUGCAGAGGGGCCCAGUGCCUCUCAACUGCUCUCAGUGGACUUCUUUUGCAGGUUAAGCACGAGUUGCUGCUGAGAGCCUCAGUCAACUGUCUAAGCUCCCUGCUGGGCUUCCUUCAGAGGAAGAGUCCCACUACAGCAAAGUACAUGGUGUGUCAGCCAUGGAGCCGAUUCCUCAUCUACUGCCUGCUCAGCUCAGGAGAGAGCUGCCUUCUGCACCCUGCCAUUCUGAGAGUCAUCACGCUUCUCCUGCAGCACGGCAGUACAGCAGUGCUGUGGGAGCCUGACCUGCUCCAGGUGAUGGAGGCGGCGGAGAGGAGGGGGCUGAAGGAGCUCAGUGAAGAAGCAGCACAGGCCCUCAGGCUGCUCCUCACACAGAUCCGGAGCAGUGUCCUGCAGCCGCCACCCACAGAGGAGCACAAUCAGAGAAUGAGGAGUAUGAUGGAGUCCCUCGUCCUACAGACGCCAGCCGAGAGCUGCAGCCCCAGUCUGCCCAGGGCCGUCGUGUAUCCCUCACCAGAAGUGAAACAACACUCUGAGCUGUAUUAUGCAGGCACAUGCACUCUCACCUACACACAAACUGCAGUUCACACCCUGCAAAAAAACCCAAACAUGCCUCUCUCGGUCGUCGUCUCUGUGUUCAGAAGAGCGCCUCUCUGCCGACCCCUGCUGACCAUGCGGAGCGUGUGUGCGGUGGUCAUGGCACUCGCCGCUGCCACCCUCAGCUGGGCGGACUCGGACACACACAGGCCAAGACAUGACUCCAACCUGGAGAUCUACAAGCGGCUGUUUGAGACCAAGAGGAAAGAUCAGCUGAACGCGCUCAAGAACCUGGUAGAGCUGAACGACAUCAAUCAGCAGUACAAGAUCAUAGACAUCAUGCUCAAAGGACUCUUUAAGGUGUUGGAGGACUCCAGACAAAUCCUGGUUGCAGCCAAUAUGCAGCCUGACGACCCUUUCCCAAUGGAUGAUAAGAUCAAAGAAGCUUACUCCCAUGUGGUGGAGAAUACAGCAUUUUUUGGCGACGUGGCGUUGCGUUUCCCACGCAUUGUCCACCACUACUACGACCGGAACUCUGACUGGGGCGGCCUGCUGCGCUGGGGGCUGAACUUCUGUAACCAGACAGGGGUUUUCACAGGAGGAGCCCACCAGCACGUCCUCACACUUAUGUCACAGGAGCUGGGAAUAACAGAGAAAGCCCCAGACUUUAUAAACCCGUACCGCACAGAGAGAGACGAUGUGCUUCACACUGCCGAGGCUUUCCAGAAGAUCCUGAGGGAGGAGGAGAAGAGGAGGAGGAAAGAAGAGAAGAGGAAAGAAAUCAGGAAAGGCCCUCGCAUCUCCCGCUCACGCACCGAGCUAUAGCGCUGCCCCUCAGUGCCUGUGGUAGAGCAGAGGAGAGGGGACGGAAGAGGAAGGAUGGAGCAUACGCACAGUCCGCAAGGGGUGGCUUGACUUGUAGACUCCGACGACAGUGCAGGAAAUAAAAGCUGUCAUCACUUGUACAAAAGCCAGGUGCUCUGUCGAAAACAAGAGAGGAAACCUCAAACUGACUCAAAAAAAAGUAAAGUGGAAGUGGAGGUUUGUCAGUUUCUGACAAAGACCUGAAUUGCUGUACAUCUACAGCGAUUUAUAAUUGGAAAAUCUAGCGUUGUGUAAGAGGUAAAAGACGUCUCGGAAUAGGAGUUGAUAAGGGAAACUCAUUUUUGAUAACCUGAGUAUUACAUAACUGUUCUUUGGAAUAUAAUUCAUUUUAGUAUAAUAAAUUUGCUUCACAACUUUGCAGAACCCCACUGUAUUGUGUCUGGUCUAGAUUUAAUGUGACUAAAACCCAUUUGCUUCAAUUACGUGUGGUUGCCAAAUAUAGAUUUGACCUCACCUCAUUCAAUUUGGCCUGUUUCUGGUUAGAUUAAGUUUGAUUUGAUGAUGGAAUCCAAUUUUAUUUUUGUUUCCUUUUUUUUGCUCAAGCUGAGCUUUGUUAGAGAGAUUUCCAGAGGGAUGUUUGUGAAUAGGCAGAUUUAUGUUUUUAUUGCUGCUUAAACUUUAAAGAAAGAAUCCUAUGUUUUGUUUUCCCAAAGGGCAAUACAAUGGUAUAUUAAUUAUCUCUUUUUUUUAUGUCUUUUUGAACAAUUCUUAUUUUACCACCAUUCGAUGGGAUCAUCUGUGAACUUUCCUUUGACAUAUUUUGCCUAUCUCUCUGUGUAGUUGUUUCACUUAGUAAGAAUUAUUUUAUCUUGUUGGAAGAAUCUCUCACCCAGAAAUACAAUAUAUGAACCGGUUUCUGUGUUAAAUAUUUUGUUUUUUUUUAUCUUUUAUGGAAAUUCAACAUAUUUUAAUGGGUUAGAUCUAUGGAAUUGAGAUUGAUGUAAUUUUGAAAUAGUAUUACGACUGUUAUAAAACUAUAUGUAUAUUCAGAGAAAGAAUAUCAUUGCUGCAGAAUGAACAAGCCAUUUUGUUAUCAAGUUUAAUGAAAUAAAAUGACUCUGAUAUGUACAAGAA